AUGGUUGGCUCAAUGAUCUGUCGUGUGCUCGCAGUGCUAUCACUCAGCAUGAUAGCCAUUGCAUCUCCUGUCCAACUAGCUCGCCGAGAAAUCUCAAGCGAGCUAUUGGAACGGUUCACCUUAUUCUCUCAAUUCGCCGCUCUAUCGGCCUGCGACCAAAACAUCAACCACAUGGGCCAAAGUCUGACCUGCGACUACGGCACUUGCCCACUCGUAGCAGCCGACAACACGACGGUAAUCAACGCAUUCCACAGCGACCACAGCCCGACAGGCUACAUUGCCCUGGACCACACGCGGGAACUGAUCGUCGUGACAUUCCGCGGAAGUGUGAAUACCAGCUGA